AUGAAUCCAGAACCUCGUAACAGCAGCUCCGUCUUUAGAUGGCAGGUUUUCUUGGACAUAACAAUCAAUGGAAAUCCGGCUGGUAGAAUUGUGAUUGGUGUAAGUGUAAUACUUUAACAUCAUUUUAUAUUUUUCUUGUUUUUGAUUUUUUAUAUAUUUUUUCUUAUUUUUGAUGUUUAUAUAGGAAUUGUUACCUCAUUUUUUAAUUCUUUGUUUCAGCUUCGACCUGAUGUGGUACCUAAAACAGCCGAGAACUUCAGAGCUUUGUGCACAGGAGAGAAAGGACUAUCUAAAUCAGGGAAGAAACUUCAUUUUAAAGGAUCUGUGUUUCAUCGAGUAAUUCCUGGCUUUAUGUUACAGGUAUGUUUUUUUCUUCAUUGACAUGAGCUGUAUUAUUCAAGCUUUUGUUAUAUAAAUAUUGGGGGCUACUCUAUUUAAGCCACCCACAUUAAUAGACACACCCACUACCUAUUAUGACCACCCAUUUAUUCAAAUUUGAGUUUUUACAAAUAAAAUUGUAAAAACAUUUCAAAUAAUGGAAGCGGUCGUUUUGUCGGGAUACGGCUUCGUCCAAGUUGAAUUGCAUCAGGUUUUCGUGGUCUUCUUUUGGGAUGUUUAGUGCCGGUUCAUACGUCGAUUCUAAAAUUACGUACUGAACUAUAUAGUGCUUCUGAUAAUGGGUGUGCUAACUAAGAAAUGGGUGUGCUAACUAAGAAAUGGGUGUGCUAACUAAAAAGUGGGUGGGCUAACUAAGAACUGAUACAGGACCGUCAACAAUAAUAAGUUAAAAGUAAUGUAACUUACAUAAAAUCUAUCGCCAAACACCUUCCGUUUACCCAGUUUCAUCGGCGAUCAACAAUUGGCACAAGCAGUUGACAUCUCGCGUAGACCAUGGUGUUGAAGAUACAUACGAGCUAGGUUCUGCGCUUAAACUCGUCCAUAUUUUGAAGAUAAAAUCUCCGGAGAUAUUCCAACGACCACUCGGUAGCACAAAAAAUUUUCAAAAUGAAAGAAGCAGAACCGUGCUGGAAACCCGAUAAAAUAUUCAAAUUUGGGUGUGUCUAAUAAGGCCGAAAUUUGGGUGUCUUUAACAGGUGGUGUGGGUGGCUUAAAUAGAAAUAUUGUUUAACUGUAAACAAUUGAUACAACUUUUAUAUUAUGAUAUAUAUUUAGUAAUGAUGUAUAUAAUGAUACUUCUUUUAUACUGUUGCUUGAUUUUAGGGUGGUGACUUCACUCGAGGCAAUGGUACUGGUGGAGAGAGUAUUUAUGGAGAGAAGGUAACAUAAGCUUGUCUCAUUUGUCUUGCAUUUUGGCUACUUUAAGCCUACCAAUGGGCGUUGAAUUUCAUUUUUUAAAUUUUAAAAAUUAAAGUUUUAAAUUAAUUUUUAAAAUAUCAAGCAUUUUAGUUCGAAGAUGAAAAUUUUAAUCUGGUACAUACUGGUCCAGGAAUCGUAUCCAUGGCCAAUGCUGGUCCCAACACAAAUGGAUCACAAUUCUUCGUUUGCUGUGCUAAGACCGACUGGUUAGACAAGAAACAUGUUGUCUUUGGUGAGGUUAUCGAAGGAAUGGAGGUUGUCAGAGAGGUCGAAAAGAAGGUAGGUUUUGAUGUUACAGUAUUUGUCAUAUAAAACUUUUUUUCGAGCUAUUAGAUUGUUCAAAUAAUUCUGUGCUUCCUAAUUAAGACUCUAACUCUGAGAAAUUGCUCUGAGAGGGGCACAUAAUUAUUUUAACAAUAAUUUGACUUAUCUGCACUAAAAUACUGUCGAAGCGCCGAUAGCUAGUUGAUGAUUUUAAUAAGAAAUCUAGUUGAUUAUCAGUUGAAAUUCAUAUUCUUGUUUUAGGGCUCUCAAGCUGGUAAACCGAGCGGAGUGAUAGCUAUAGCUGAUUGUGGACAACUAGUAUGA